GUACAUUCUGUUUACCCCCCAAACGCGCCCACGUACUUUCGUUUUCCUCCGUCCUCAACCAAUGACGGCGCGUGCCGCUGAGAGAAACGAACAAAGACUGAAACCAGAAGGCCAGAACAGAAGACUCGCAGUUUUCGCGUAGUCGUGGUUUUGGUAAACGAAGAUAUAUUUCGACCACAAAUACUUUUUAUUGGCGCAGUGGACAACGAAUUUUGUAUGUAUUCGCCGUCCCCACGUUCCCACGCCGAAUUUCGAUUCGCUUACGUCAAGUUUAAGCCAAGGAACUCCGUUUCGUCAGCGAACGCUGGGUAAGACUCGAUUUAACUGGAAUCCAAUCCGAUCCACAUCCGAUCUCUCGACAACUGUGUGCGUCGUUUUUCGCGUUCUUGGUGGUGGUCCAUCACUUACUUUGCAAACAGCUCGUAUGGCCUGUUCCCAUUUGUGGUCCGCAUGAUGGACGUGUUAAAAGCCGAAAUAGAACGCAAGCGUCGUCAACUGAAAAGCAAAGAUCUCAUCGGGCCGAACAAGAAAUACUUCAAGCGUGAAGAGCUCAUCAAGAAGACCGAGGAGGAGUACCUGGAGCGGCGGAGGGCCAAAGGUACCGACGAAGGAGACGAUCAGGCCUCGACGUCCCUCUCCGUUGCCAGCUUGUUGAAGAGGAAACAAGAGGAUGAGCGAGUGCUGCCCAGGAAGGAGGUGGUCCGACGGCUGCGAGAGCGGGGCGAGCCCGUGCUGCUGUUUGCCGAGACGGAGACGGAAGCAUUCCACCGGCUUCGGCGCCUGGAGAUCCUCGAGCCGGAAGUGGACCGGGGACUGCGCAAUGACUUCCAGGAGGCCAUGGAGAAAGUGGACCAGAUCUACCUGGACGAGAUCCUCAAGUCGCAGGGCAAGACCGAGGACGGAAAGUCCAUCCACGACGUCAAGGUGGACAGCGAGGGCACCACCAUCGACGACAUUCAGAACAUAGCCAACGAGCUGGGGGAGCGGCGGAACAAGGGCAAGGACGCGGAGAUGAUCCUGACGGCCCUCAAGUUCAUCCUGCAGCUGUGGGGGGAGAAGCUGAACUCGCGGGCGGAGGCGGAGAAGACCUCGAUGCGGGGCAAGAUGUCCUCCGCGACGUACAACCAGACGCAGGCGUACCUGCGGCCCCUGUUCAAGCGGCUGCGCAAGAACACCAUCCCCGAGGACAUCCUCGACCACCUGGUGCGCAUCGUCAAGCACAUGCUCCAGAGGGAGUAUGUCCGGGCCAACGACGCCUACCUGCAGAUGGCCAUCGGCAAUGCCCCGUGGCCCAUCGGCGUCACCAUGGUGGGCAUCCACGCUCGGACAGGUCGGGAGAAGAUCUUCUCCCAGAACAUCGCCCACGUCCUCAACGACGAAACGCAACGCAAAUUCAUCCAGGCCCUGAAGCGACUCAUGACGCAGUGCCAGCGACUCUUCCCCACCGACCCUUCCCGAUCCGUCGAGUACAAUGCGUGACGGACACGGUUUUGUGCGGCAAUGUGCGGACAUCUUGCGGGACGUGUGGCCCACUUGUGGAGAGACGACUUGUUUUACCAACAUCGCUCUAAACGACCGGAUCUGAACACGAGGCGAAAAGUUCCAUUGUGUUCUCUCGACCUCUGGAAAACAAGCCUGCUCAGUUGUUUCCCCUUGGGCAGCAACGUAGGACGAAGGGAAGUCGUAAGGCAAAUUCGUUACAGGUUCGCUAGUCGGACGUAAAUAAUGCAACAUCUUUUAAUAGACGCCAUAAAUAAAGAAAAUAUGUUGCUCUCUGAAAA